AUGGAAGUGCGUGACUAUGCUUCUGCCGUGCAGGCACUCAACACGCUCCAAAGCAACUUCUCUGCUGUGGAGGCCAUUCGAAAGCAAGGCCCGGGUUGGAAUGAGCGUGCCCUACCCGAAAUGCGCGCUUGGGUGCGACGCAUGGGUUACGAGCCUUCUGACUUCGACAAGCUGAACCUCAUCCACGUAGCCGGCACGAAAGGGAAGGGCUCCACAUCCACUUUCAUCUCCUCCAUUCUUGCGCAGUACCUGCCCAGUAAGCUGAGCAUACACGCUGAGCGUCUACCCACAAGCGUUGGCCUGUAUACUUCGCCUCACUUACGUUUCGUACGCGAACGCAUAAAGAUUGACAAUCGGCCCAUCCCUGAAGACCUCUUCGCAAAGCUUUUCUGGGACGUUUGGGACAGGCUAGAGGCCACGCGGCCGACUGACGAUACAGUCUAUGCCAGAAGCGCCGAUGGCAAACCAGUUUAUUUCCACUAUCUGACCCUCAUGGCUUUUCACUGCUAUAUGCAGGAGAAAGUAGGUUCAGCUGUCAUCGAAUGCGGAAUCGGGGGCGAGUAUGACACCACAAACAUACUCGAGCGUCCCCUGACCACCGGCGUCACGAGCCUUGGCAUUGACCAUGAGGCGAUGCUUGGUAACACGCUCGAGUCGAUUGCCUGGCACAAAGGAGGUAUCUUCAAACAAAACAUACCUGCAUUUACCGUUCCGCAGCCCACAGCAGCCUUGCAAGUGCUACACGAACGUGCCCAGGAGAGAGGGACAAUGCUGCAGGUCGUACAGGAGUAUGACGCUCUCAAAAGUGUCAAUCUAGGAUUGCAAGGUGAUUUUCAGAGAGUCAAUGCUUCGUUAGCAGUUGCAAUGUGCGCUGCUCAUCUCUCGCGGCUUGGCUACAGCAAUAUGCCUGACCCCACCGACUCGGCCGCGCCACUGCCAGUGGAGUUUAGGUCCGGUCUCGAGAAGGCUCGGUUGGGCGGCCGUUGUGAUAUCCGGCUGGACGUCAAGGUCGAAAACCUAAGAUGGUACAUUGACGGCGGUCAUACAUUAGAAAGUAUUGAAAUGGCAGGACGCUGGUUCGCCCAAGCCCGAAGGGAGACCGAAGCACAGUUGCGGAUCCUCAUAUUCAAUCAGCAGACCCGCGAUGCCCCAGCAUUAGCUCGACGGUUGUUUGCAACAUUGGCGUCAGCGAUUCGAACUGCUGCACCUUUCAAGCAUGCGAUCUUCUGUACGAACACCACUUAUCAAGACGGUGGCUACAAGCCAGAUCUUGUCUCCAUCAACACAAGUCGGCAGGAUGUGGACAGCUUAAAAGUCCAGCGUGAGCUGGCUUCGGCUUACGAUACGAUCGACCCGCUCGCUACUGUUCACGUCGUCGGCACGAUCGAAGAGGGAGUUGCACGUGCUCGCAGCAUUGCCACCGAAAGCAGUCAAGACACCGAUGUCCUAGUCACUGGAAGUCUGCAUCUUGUUGGUGGCCUCAUCGAGGUCCUGGAGGCUGGGUUCGAGGGCACCGACAAAGCACACGCUUGA